GAGAGAGAGAGAGAGAGAGAGAGAAAGAGAAAAAGAGAGAGAGAGAGAGAGAGAGAAGAAGAAGGGUAUUUUGUAACGUAGACGCGAAGCCCACGGUAUACAUAAACGUACUUGUACAUCUAGAAACACGUAUUAUACACGAUUUACACAUUUUUAACACUCAUCGCACGCUGCGUACAUAUUAGUAUAUACUUACAUGUAUGAUUUAUUCCAAAGUGCCUUAUAUCAUUGAGAAGAAAGUAAUCAAUUCUGUAUAUAUAUAUAAUUUUUGUACUCGUCCUCAAUUCGUACCGAUCAUGUAUCUAUUUUUAAAAUAAAAAAAAAAAAAUGAACGUGCACUCAAUACAGUGUAGUAACUUGAAUAGCCGGGUAAUUUCCGAAACAGGAAGGUAAUUUCAUUGUUACCAAUCUAAAAUUAGACUUUCGAAAGGUAUAUUUCACCACGUUAACCAUUGUCCGAUAUUCCUAAAUUGUACCAUGUAAUCAAAAAGAGCGACAUUCGAUGCAAACAGUGUGGACAAAACCCCGAAAAUUAGACUGCGCACUUCGGUUAACGCCAAAUCAGUUGCUGUAUCAACAGAAACGUUUCAGAGGCAAAAUAAAUCUGAAGAAACCGAAAGUACACUACACACGAGCGGUGUUGAACGAGCUUUUAACGCCAUUCUUCCCAAAUCCUCUGAAGGACAAACCCAUAUAUGAACUGUGCGCUGAAUCAAUGGUUCAAAAAGAAUUUCCACUUGGACCCUACGAUAAAAUUCUAAUAAAGGAUGUUCGUAAUUGGUUCGACAAAUCGAAAAUGAUCGCUUGUUUGCACGUGAACAGCAUUAAAUGCAACGACAUGUUUGAGGUCGCGGUUCCCCUGAGAAGACAGAACAUGUAUUAUAAGUACUACGGACCCCACAUUAUUAAGGCAGCAAUAGCGGGCACGUGUUACGAAGGCAUCGGCCCGUUGAUUAGUAAACAGACUGGGUAUAUAUUCAGUCCUGAUAUAAAUGUACUCGCUCUGGAGAAAAUCCUUAAGAAGGUCCCGCAACUGUACACAUUAGGAGGAGUAUUGGACGGGUAUGUUUUCAAAUAUGAUGAUUUCUUGAAGUACGGACAAAUGGACAUGGUAACGGCACAGCUCGGCUUGGUACAAGCAUUACAGAACGCUGGCGGCGUUAAUCUAAAUCGGCAGCUUACGCAUCAUCAGACAACACUGGUGACACGACUGAAACAGAUCGGUACAAAUGAGUCAGUCGCGGACAAGAACGAAUGAUCGGCGCCUGUAUAAUUGCGAAACUAUUUGUAUCAAUAAUUUAUUAUACAUUUGUCAUUCACACGAA